GCGCCCGCCUGCCCCGCGGGCCGCCAAGUUCGCGUUCUCUGAGCCCGGGCCGGACGCCGAUGGAACCGCCGCGAUGUUGGCCCCCCGCCUCCUGGAUUUCCAGAAAACCAAGUAUGCGAGGUUCAUGAACCACCGGGUCCCCGCCCACAAGAGGUACCAGCCCACGGAGUACGAGCAUGCGGCCAACUGCGCCACCCACGCCCUGUGGAUCAUCCCCAGCAUCCUCGGCAGCUCCAACCUCUACUUCCUGUCGGACGACAGCUGGGAGACCAUUUCUGCCUGGAUUUACGGCCUCGGCCUCUGCGGGCUGUUCGUGGUGUCCACCGUGUUCCACACGGUCGCCUGGAAGAAGAGCCACCUCAGGAUGGUGGAGCACUGCCUGCACAUGUGUGACCGGAUGACCAUCUACUUCUUCAUAGCGGCCUCCUACGCGCCCUGGCUGAACCUGCGGGAGCUGGGCCCCUGGGCCUCCCACAUGCGCUGGCUGGUCUGGAUCAUGGCCUCCGUGGGCACCGUCUAUGUUUUCUUCUUCCACGAGCGGUACAAGCUCGUGGAGCUGCUGUGCUAUGUCGUCAUGGGCUUCUUCCCCGCCCUGGUCAUCCUGUCCAUGCCCAACACGGAGGGCGUCUGGGAGCUGGUGGCCGGAGGGGCCCUCUACGGCCUGGGCACGGUGUUCUUCAAGAGCGACGGCAGGAUCCCCUUCGCCCACGCCAUCUGGCAUCUCUUCGUGGCAUUCGGUGCUGGCACCCACUACUAUGCCAUCUGGAGGUACCUCUACCUGCCCAGCACCCUGCAGGCCCAGGUGUCCACGUGAGGCGGCCCGGACUGCACGGGACACUUGGGCUUUUGGAGCAGAGCAUCCUGGGAAGUGUUUCUGCGAACUUUGGCCCAGAGCGCAGGGCCCAGGCCCGCCUGCCCUCCCCCGGGGAGAGCUUUGGCUGGGUCCAAGGUUACUUCUGGUGACAGCCACGCCGUCCCUUGGGUCCUAGGUGAGAAAGACAGCGUUUAGUCACAGCUGCAGAGGAGAAAUUAACCCUGUAAUGCAGUUCUAUUCUAGACAGUGUCUCCUAACACAAUGGGCAUUAUUAACAUCGUCAGGGAAGGGUGCAGGCGUUGUCCUGCAAAUUGGGCCAUGACGGGCCGGUACGUGCGUCUCACGGUCCCGAGAAACCGAGCAAGGAGCCCGGGGGGUUGUUUCUGCCGGCUGGCCAGGGCCUCCUUCGCUGCUACCAAAGUCCCGGCUGGGGAACAUGCCCCUGUUCGGGGACAGUCACCCGGUGUGUAGAUCAGGGAUGGUGGAGGGCUGUGGCCGUGGCAGACAUCACCAAUCAACUGCAGCAUGGGCGGCGUCAGAAUUCUCGGCCCGGUGCUCUGGGCAGACAUGACCAGUCGACUGGGUACUCACGACGGCACCACUGCCCAGGCCAGGUGCCUGUCCCCGUGCGUGGGCGUGCUUGUCUUCACUCCCUCUCGUUCCUUUCCGGAAGCUCCCGAGGGGGCGGAGUGGGGGCCGGGAGGGACGGCAGGUGCGCACCCUGAGCAGCCCCUGACCGGCUCUGGUCCUUGGUCCAGAGGAGGCAGCAGUUGGGGGACGAGAAGCUGUUCCUUGGCCAUUUCUUCUCGUGCCGAAAAGAUCCAGGGAAACGCCGGGAGCCCCGUAUGCGUGGGGCGAGCACAUCCCGGGAGCUCGCUCGCCUGCCUGCCCCAGGCUCAGGGUCGGCGAUGACGGCAUCAGACUCGCGCUCGGUGCCCUGGGCGGCCCUGCGGGAGGGGGGCCUCGCUCACCUGACUCACCUGACGGGACCCGGUGAGCGUCUGCGGCGCCCCGCCCCCUGGAGCCCCCUGGAGCCCCCUGGAGCCCCUGGGAGCCCCUGCAGCAGGCCGGGGCGGAGCCGGCCCUCUGUGCCCGGCACACGGGCGUGCCCCGGGGAGGCCCAGGCCCAGCGCCAGAUCUGAGCCGGAACCUCAGUCCCCCCGGAUCAAGGAUCUGUGUCAGGUCAGAGGAGCCUCAGGCUACGGCUCCCAGUGAGAGCCGGGUGGGCAGAGACAGGAUGCCUUAUGCCUAGUUCUGGAACAUUCCAGGGCGUUUCAGGGCCACGGCCUCUCAAUCCCAUGCAUCCAGCCAGUAUGAAAUCACCUGGCCCAGUCCACAGACAGGCGGGUCCUGAGUGGGCAGAGGCUUGGGGGAUAAGUUUGUUCUCCUCACCCAGGUGUGUGUGUACAUUUGUACACAUGUGUUUACACACGCAGCCACACUGCCACGCCCAGCCCCUGGAGCUGCCUUCAUUCGGUCCACCCGCCCUGCAGUGCUCAGCAAGGAUUUCCCGUCAGUGGGGUCGCGGUUG